AUUGACGUCGGCGCAUUGGGCAGACGGCGCAGAUCUCCAAUGAUGGCAAGCAUGAUCUAGUCUCGCAUUUUCUCUUUAUUUGGAGCGUAAAUCCAAAUCUGUCGCUCUUCGUGUUUCUUACCGCGUCGAUUGGCGGACAUCAUCUCGUGUGCUUCUAAUACUCAUGCGUGGUUUUCUAUAAACAUACUCUGAGCAAUCAUGAAGGCACACACAUGGGCUCUGAGCACACGGACAGCGUUUCUCGCUUCUAGUAUCCUCGUUCCAACGUCAACCUUAGCACAAACGCCUCCAGUAAACGUAGCCCUGAGAGCUGCUUUCGGCUCUCCUCCAUACCUAGUAGAGCUCCUCGAGACUGCCGCAGAAGAGAAUGUGACAGCCUAUUUCCCGAUUCUUGAUCGCAUUGCAGACGGCUAUUUCAACACUGUGCAAACGGACGAGGAACUAUAUACAAGGUUCUUGGGAUUACUCGAGGUGGAUGGUCAUAUCACAGAGCCGGAAGCUCUGUCCUCAUUCCAGCUGGCACUAUCCAUACGUUCGGAAGCUCCGCGCAUAGAGGCGCAUUACCAAUAUUACAAUACCUCUGCAGAACCGUCAGUUCCAGGGGCAGAUGGACAGAAGUGUGAAGCCUGGGUGGCUUUUGGUGGGAAGCAGUACUGCUCUCCCUCCUUAGAUUCUCCCAAGACGUCUCUGGUGUCUUCUGGGUCCGCACAGUUGCCAUUUGAUCGUAUCCUCGGUGAUCCUCUGAACGCUCUCUCGUCCAUUCUUUACGUCGACAUCACCAGUGAGAUAUUCUCGCAAUUCCACAAAACACUGAGCGCAACCGCAAGGCAAGGGAAAACCUCUUAUAGAAUACGUCACAAACCCCCUAGUGGGAUUUCGAGACCUUUGCUAGUCAGCGGAUACGGAGUCGAGCUAGCUCUGAAGAGGACAGACUACAUUGUUAUCGAUGACCGGCAGGAAGGUCGGAGUGACGGGCUUGGGGCCGCGAAAGUCAACAUCGAAGCAGAUUCCCUGCUUGAGGGGACACAUGAGAUCCGGGAUGUGAAGCCUCUCUCAAAGUCUGAGCUAGAGUCUCUAGGAAUAAACGCUGCUAGUUUUGUUCUGGGGAGCAAAGAUCCCCUUGACACAUUAUUGAAGUUGUCCCAGGACUUCCCUAAACACUCUUCAGCCAUCAGCGCGCACAAUGCAUCGCAAGAAUUUGUCCAGGAAUGGAAAGGAAAUCGUGAUCUUGCUCUACCAGCUGGCUACAACGUGAUUUGGAUUAAUGGCAUUCAAGUCGAUCCCCGGAAGGUCGAUCCAUUCUCCUUGCUCGACCAUCUCCGUCGGGAGAGGAAGCUGAUCAAUGGAGUGCGAAGGCUUGGGUUUAGUGGACCCGAAGCAAUAAAAUUGCUAUCGCACUCUGAAGUUGCACAAACUCACGGCGAAGAUGACCCUCAGCGGUAUGACUUUAGGGACGCGAAUGAAGGCGGAAAGGUGCUUCUAUGGCUCAACAACAUCGAAAAAGACAAGCGAUACGAGGACUGGCCGACUCAACUUACUACGCUUCUUCAACGGAUGUAUCCCGGACAGCUGCCACCCUUGAGACGUGAUUUGCACAACAGCAUUGUUCCCAUCGACUUCUCCGCUUCAAAGGAUAUCAGCCUUGUCCUAGAGACCCUGCGUGGUUUGAUUCAGCGCAAGAUACCAGUUCAAUGGGGCUUGGUCCCCCUUACCACGACCUCCGCAAGUGCCGAACAAGCUCGAGUUGUAUAUCACCUCUUGGAGACAUAUGGUCUCAAGACUAUGUUAUCAUAUCUAGAAAUGGUUGUUUCUAGCAAAAGCUAUGGAUCUGCGGACAAGUCUGCGUUUCUAUCCUCCAUUGAAGGCGUUAACAUACGCAAGGACCAAACUGCACUGACCUUCGAAGAGCUUCUUGUGGAUGAGGAGCUUUCCAAGCGUCUCGAAAGCGCUCGUGGUUAUACAAACAGGCUAGCAAUAUCUGGACCAGAAUCCGUUGUGUUUGUGAACGGGGUACCAGUGACUAUGGACGAUGACUGGCUUCAAAAUCUUAGCUCUAGAAUCGGUUUAGAUUUCAGGAAGAUCCAGAGAGGUGUCUUUGAGAAAGUUUUCACGGAUGACAGCUGGCUUCCGGAAAUCUUCCUAUUCCAGGCCGCCUUGAACCGCAACCCACUCAUCAUACCCAAAGACGAAAGUAGCGUCCGUCUGUUCGAUGUCGGAAAGAUAUGGGAAGAUCAUGGAGAAUUCCUCACAGGUGCACCGCGCAUAGCGGUUGAAGACAACGCUGCGAAAGAGAAUUGGGCUCAGAUGAUAGUCAUCGCCGACUUUGACAGCGUAGAUGGCAGGCGGCUUCUGUCACAGUCGUCUCAGUAUCGCUUAAGGGAAUCUAACACGAGCGUCGAGACAAUAUACGUCCACAACCCUUCAGCCGGGUCUUCCGAUGAACCACAUUGGUCACGUGGGCUCCUAGUCCUUAACAAAGAUGGCCGGUCACUCAGACCCAUCGAGCUCACAGACUCAUUCGCAGGAGAUCUCAAUGAAGUCAGCAAAGAAGAUGCUCAGCGGUUCUGGACUAAGGCACAACCUUUGGUCAAGCUGACAGGACUCCAGCCGGGUGAGCAGGGCGUGCUCGUCAAUGGGCGGCUGGUUGGACCUCUUCCCGAAGGUACUGCGUUCUUGAAAGCAGAUUUUGAGACAAUGAUGGAUUAUGAAGUCAAGAAGCGCAUUGGACCUGCAGUUGCAGCUAUUUCAAAGCUGGAUCUCAUUGACCGAAUCAAGACACCGUCCGACGCUGCUAAGCUUAGCUCUAUUCUUGCGCUCUCAUCAAAAUCAGACGUGCCUGAAGGUAUGUUUGAGACUUCCAACACGGUCAGGACUAGCAUAUUUGACAAAUUCAAUUCGACACAUUCUGCCAUCGUCAACGGAGAUGAAGCGAAGGCGACGGUCCAACUGGUCGCGUCAAUAGACCCCGCCAGUGAAGUUGCUCAGCGCUGGAUCCCGAUGAUCAAAGUUCUGUCAGAGUUGGAUGGUAUCCACUUGCGCAUCUUCAUGAACCCGAAGCCAAGCUUAUCCGAGCUCCCAAUCAAGCGUUUCUAUCGAUACGUCCUCGAGUCAAAGCCAAUGUUCGAGGUGGACGGGUCUGUUAGUGGUCUCCGUGCAUCGUUUUCGGGCAUCCCUGCGGAGGCAUUGUUGACAAUGGGUAUGGACGUAGCAGCGUCAUGGCUCGUGGCUCCGGAAGAGAGUAUCCACGACUUGGAUAACAUCAAGCUCAGCUCACUAGGCCAGCUAGCAUCUAUAGAUGCACUCUACAAACUAGAACACAUCCUCAUCGAAGGACAUUCUCGAGACCUGACGACAACAGUAGCUCCUCGCGGCGCGCAGCUUGUUCUCGGGACUGCCAAGGACGCUCAAAUUGCAGACACUCUCAUCAUGGCCAAUCUUGGGUACUUCCAAUUCAAGGCUGUGCCCGGCUUCUAUAGCAUUUCUCUUCAGAGUGGGCGUAGUCAGGAGGUAUUCAAGCUUGAAAGCGCGGGAACUAAAGGAUACAACCCUCAGGCUGGAGAUGAAACCCCAGAAAUUGCGCUGAUGAGCUUUCAGGGAGCAACACUGUACCCGCGAUUCAGUCGCAACCCCGGCAUGGAAGAGGAGGAUGUGUUGUCGGGGCCAUCUAGCUUUGCAGCCGAUCUGGCUGAUACAGCUGGUGAAGUUGUUGACACGCUCCUUUCCAAGGUCGGCUUAUCAGGCAGCAAGCUAAUAUCGCAGGGUCUGAAAGGGCUCUCAGACCUGGUCUCGCACAAUGGACUAAGUCCUGGAAAGGCCUCCAAGCACGCCGAAAUUAACAUCUUCUCUGUGGCGAGUGGACAUUUGUACGAACGCAUGCUCAACAUCAUGAUGCUGAGUGUGAUGAAGCACACAAGCCAUACGGUCAAGUUCUGGUUCAUUGAGCAAUUUUUAUCACCAUCGUUCAAGUCGUUUCUCCCCAACAUGGCGGCUGAAUACGGGUUUGAGUACGAGAUGGUCACGUACAAGUGGCCGCACUGGCUACGAGGGCAGAAGGAGAAGCAGCGCGAGAUCUGGGGCUACAAGAUACUUUUCCUCGACGUCCUCUUCCCGCUCGACCUGGACAAGGUCAUCUUUGUCGACGCAGACCAGAUUGUGCGAACGGACAUGUACGAACUAGUGAAGCAUGACUUGCAAGGGGCACCUUAUGGAUUCACGCCCAUGUGCGACAGUCGCACAGAGAUGGAGGGGUACCGGUUCUGGAAGGUGGGCUACUGGAAAAGCUUCCUCCGCGGGUUGCCCUACCACAUCAGCGCUCUCUACGUGGUCGACCUGAAGCAAUUCAGACAGAUGGCUGCUGGCGAUCGACUACGCCAGCAGUAUCAUCAGCUGUCAGCGGACCCCAACAGUCUGAGCAAUCUAGACCAGGACCUGCCCAACAACAUGCAGACCAUGCUUCCCAUCCAUAGUCUGCCGCAAGAGUGGCUCUGGUGUGAGACAUGGUGCAGCGAUGCAAGCCUCAAGGAAGCGAAGACAAUUGACCUGUGCAACAACCCAGAGACAAAGGAGCCCAAGCUGGACCGCGCAAGAAGACAGGUACCGGAAUGGACAGUGUACGACGACGAGAUUGCAGCAUUGGCGAAACGGGUGCAAGGGGAGAGAGUGACGCUGAAGAGCGAGCAGGAGCUGGAGAAUGAACGGGAGUUUAUUGAGAAGGCAGCGGAGCGGAAGCGGGAUGAGCUGUAGGAGAUGAGAUGGAUGUACAUAUACAUGGAGAGAGAGAGAAACGUGGGUAGGUAGGUAGGUACGCAGGUAGAGAUUUCCCUCGGAAGAUAGAAUAGAAUAGCCGAGAGGCGUGUCACGCAGCAGCAUAUUGGAAGCACGAGGUCUUUUUCAUGGGAGUAAGAUGCAAGACUACGUGAUGGGACGGCAGCAUCGCGGAUACGAUGUGGUAUGCGUGUCUUGGCUGAUCAGUUGCUGGGUGGGUGAGUUGUAGCUACUAAGGUAUAGCUUGGGUAAACAAAGGGAAGGAAGGGUGAAUGAAUGAACAAGUAGAAGUAAAGCGAAACAAAAAACGCAUGACGACUU